AUGCCCCCCAAUUCCCUAGCUAAACAGUAUGAUGCCGACAAGGAGCGGCUCAUCAAGUCGUGUUUCUCCAAGGUCGAUCAGACCGGCCAGUUGCUGGAGUCAUACAUUACCCACGUUCGAGUCACCGAGGACUCACAUUACCCUUCAGCUCGACCUCCUCCGGACUCCCCCGUUGCUAACAAGAAACCUCGAGUGAUUAUCAUUGCAGUGAGAAAGAGUGGACGUGUCCGAAUGCACAAGGCCCGAGAAAAUGCCAACGGCACAUUCCAGAUUGGAAAGACGUGGAAUCUGGAUGACCUCACGUCUGUGGAGAACGACCUGCAGAUCCCCAGUGGAUUCACCAUGCAUCUCGGAAAGCCCUACUAUUGGAUGACCGGCUCUCCAAAGGAAAAGACAGUCUUUGUGAGUUCGGCCAUUCGAAUCUACCGAAAGUACCGUAACGGUGCUGUUCCAACUAUGAUUGGAUGGGAUGCUUCGAUUGGAUCUCCUAUGGUGGGCCAGAGUCCAAAGUUCAAGGGUGGACAACAGCAAGGAGGACAUGGUAGUCCGGUUGGAGGAAGCCACGGCAGCCCCGGGAACAUGGGCACCCCUCCUCUUGCUGGACAGUCCCCUUUGCAUCCUGGACAGUCCCCUUUACUACCUGGCCAGUCUAUGCCUCUGCAGCCAGGUCAGAGUCAGCCCAUUAAGAUGGGCCAUUCUGGCAGCCCUGUCAACGCAAACUUCUCUGGUUCCCCUGGCAGUGCUGGAUUUGCUGGUAGUCCUGGUAAUGCAGCGUAUGCAGGCAGUCCCAGUAAGACCCACACCAGUCCAUACAAGCAUGCCCGAGGUCGAUCCACAGCUUCUGUCAGCUCAGCCGUUUCUAUCGGUUCAGGUUCAUCGGCUGGGAACUCUAUUCCUGGCCACGGUCGUCGAACCAGUGUGAUUUCCAUCAAUGAUUCACCUGUUCCUCAGUCGCCAGUGCGAUCGGGUAUCUCCACAUCGCAGUCUGCCAACAAUGUGCGUUCUAUGGUGGACCCUGAACCCGGAAUGAAACAGACUGGUAUAUCGCAGAGCAAGUCGCUGGGCAAUGUUGCCGCAGCAGCCGAGCCCAUUCCAAAGCUCGACGACCAUCUGCUUGAACAGCAGCGUCAGGCUGAGCAACAACAGCGACGUGAACAGCAACAACGUGAACAGCAGCGCCAGGCCGAACUCCGAGCCGAACGGGAGGCUGAACAACGUUUGGAGCAACAGAGACAGGCUGAACGACAGGAACAGCAAAGGCUCGCUGAACAACAGCGACUGGCGGAAAAGCAACGUGUCGAACAGCAACGAAUCGAACAGCAGAGACAGGCAGAGGCUGAGCAUCAGCAUCGACUGGAACUCGACCGACUGGAACGAGAACGACAAGAAAAGGCGCGUCUUGAUUUGCAGCGACAGGAACGGGAGCGACAGGAACGAGAGCGAAAGUCAAGCGUUAGUCAGGCGGCAGAAGCGGCCGCUGCUGCUGCAGCCGCCUCUGCCGCUGUUGCAGCAGCAGUUUCUACUACACCCGGACGAAAGUCUUCAGUUGCUGAUGUUUCUUCUGCCGCUUCUGCAGUCACUCCUCGUCGCAAGUCUUCUGACGUCAUCACUAUUGAAGACAGUCCCUCUCCGCCCACAGCAGCUGCUCUAGAAAACCGCCAGCCUACCAUUCCGGUGAUUUCCGUUGACGAUGAUGUGGUAAAUGUGGAUGAAGACGACUUCGACAUGGACUCCCCGAAUCCUGCACCCAUCGCACCAGUUGUGCCUGCGGCCCUUGCUCACAACCGAAGCUUCUCUCAGGAACUUGCAGGAGCUGGUUUCGUGGAGGAGAAACCCGCUGGAGGGUCUCGGGAGCUUACUCGGGAGCCCAAACUGCCAGAAUUUGUGGUCAUUGACGACAAGCCUCCACCCGCAGUUCAACGUCAUCAGCGAAACACGUCUCAGAUGUCGUUUGAGAGCAAUCUGGAGCCCGUGGAUGAGAACAAGCAAGUUACACGUCAUCAGAAGAAGGUGUCUUUGUCAGAACCAUCCUCUGAGGGCCUUCCUAUUGUCGGAAGCACAAGAAGAGACAGCACAGGUACAGGUGGACAUCGACGUAACAGAAGUAACGGCAGUUUGGGCUCUUCUCGUCGUCUUUCUCGAGAUCUCUCUUCAGGAGGCAACAUGGCUCCCAUUACCUAUGUUGGCACUUCUCAAGCCGACUCUACCUUGAUCGAGGACACCCUGAUUGAGCUCAAUUGGAGCGGCAACAAGGAUGCCAAGGAACUCGAAGCUGACAUCAACCGGGAGCUUGCUCAGCUUGAGGAGAGCAACAUUUCUCAUGUCAUCGAUCUUGACACAAAGUUUGGCGAUCUUACGACCGACCUUGAUCAGGCUAUUGCUCAGUGCGACGAACUGGAUGCCAUUCUCACCUUCUUCUCUGUGGAGCUUGGGGGACUGGGAUCUGACAUUGAUUACAUUGAGUCUCAAGGACACGGUCUCCAGGUCCAGACCACCAACCAGAAGAUUCUGUGGGAGGAGCUCAACUCCAUUCUGGAUACCAUGUCUGUGCCCCAGCGAGAGAUGGAGAUCAUCCGACGAGUUCGCCUGGACUCUGCACAGGAUGUAGCAUAUGCCGAGGCUGCCUUGGUCGACCUGUUCGCUGCCCUGGCAUCUGUGCGAAAAAUGGGCUCCAACUCACGAGAUGAGGAGGUGUUCAUUGGUGGUAUGCGUGCUCUUCAGGAACGAAGAUCACUGUACGAGCAGGCUGCUGUUGAUUUCAUUGCUCGAGCCCAGGUGAGUCUUCAGGAGAAGGUGAGAGAUGCUGUUGUCUCCUCCAGCACUCAGCUGAGCGCUGCCUCUGCCUCGCCCACCAUUCCUGGACUUAUUUCCACCGUUAACUCGCUGUACAAGUUUGCGGGUAUCAUCCUGUUUAUUCGAGACGUUGAUCAGACAGCUUACUCUGCUAUUCUCAAGCAGUACGAGCGAUCUGCUCGUGACUACUACGAGGCUGCCUCUACCGCCUUCUUCGCCAAAUGGAAGCAGCAGUUCAAGGCGUCUGACAAGACUGACCAACAAAGCAUGUUUUCCCCUGGUCGGGAGCACGAACCCACUGAGCACAAGGUGUCUGCUGUGCGACAGCUAACCAUGAAACGAAGCCAUAGCCACCAGAAUGUCGGCCAGCGAAAACGAGACGUCUCUCUCAGUCUCAGCAAGAACGACAAGUUACAGAACUCCUUCUCUGGUAUAGUGGAAGCUCUCCAGACUGCUCUGAACUCCGAGCAGGAGAUUCUAAUCCAGCUGUUCCAUAUGACGUCGUUCGGUGCAGCCAACUACGGUACUUAUAUUAAGCAGUAUCCUGCUGGACAACGGCUCGCGUUUGCUCGACACGUGAAGAAGCGAGGUGUCGAUCCUGAUCGAGCUCAGACUCGAGCUUUUUCCACUGUUCUUUCAGGCAUCUUCGCCCCUUUCUCUCACGAGUGUUUGACCUACUUUGAGAACGUCAUGGAGAGUCGACCUCUGGAGUGUCCGACUCUUUUCGCCGUGCUUGAUGCUCAUAUCGAGCCCAUGGAGAGUACCAACCAGGCUUUCCUGCUGACUCUGGUGCACAAGAUCUAUGACAAGUCUGUGAACAUCUGGAAGACUUUCGUUUCUCGACAGAUUGACAUGAUCAGUAACACGCAUGUGAGUUGCAAGCGUCGAUCUGGUGUCUUGGGCUUUGUGGCCACCUUCCCAGAGUUCUGCGAGAAGGUUGAGCAGCAGAUUUCAGGCGAGAAGAAUGGAGCUGUGCGAACCUUGGUCAACGAUUCAUACGACAAGCUAGGCAAGGCCAUUUUGCACAAUCUGCAACGAGCUGCAGAUGACGUGUCUCUCAAGAACAGCUCUUCUGGAGGAACCGGAACCGCCAUCAAGAUGGCAGCAUCUCUGGCAUCUUCUUCUGGUGCCAAGGGUGAUGAGCACGAGGACAAGGAGAUUCUCAACUACCACAUUCUCAUGGUUGAGAACAUGAACUGUCUGAUGGACUCUCUUCACGAGAACAUUAUCAGCCACAGCCAUGUGCUGAUUGGACACAGAGACACAGCUGUUUCACAAUACCGAACUCACCUGUCCGAGUACUCUGAUAACGUUCUCCGACGACCGUUCGGUAAAAUCAUUGACUAUGUGCAGGGUGUGGAGGCGCUUCUCAAGAAGGAUCCAUCAGCCACCCCCAACCAGAAGCACUCUUACAACAAAAAGGCUCUCAAGGCUGCUAUUUCGUCCUGUCCCCAGAAAGAUCUGCGAAAGGUCAUUGAUAUUCUGCGGAAGCGAGUGGAGAAGCAUUUUGGGGCAUCUCCAGACGAUGAUCUGGCCACUGUCGGGAACGUGCCUGUUUACAACGACGAGCUGCUUGCCAAGGUGUGGAAUGCUCUUCAGGCCGAGACUAUUUCUGUCUUCAACCGACUGACCAACAUCAUGAACAAGUACUUCUCUGAAAGCAGUGCUCAGAAUGAUAUCACCAAGGCUGAGAUCCAGGCAGCUUUCGCACGAUGA